AUGGAUAAAGCUGCAGUCGACGCGGUGAAAUACGCACUGCGCCUAGUCUACCAUCGCUGCAUUCGUCGUGCGAAACGUUUCACGCAACAACGACUUCAAAGAGCAUCGAUGUAGGGCGAGAAAUCUCAUUCAUUUCAAAUUAAUUGAAAAUGAAGCAGUUGAAAUUUUGAGAAAUUUUGGCUGGCUUGCUUGCAGGUAUGGUUCCAGAACAGAAGGGCAAAAUGGAGGAAGAAAGAGCACACGAAGAAGGGGCCGGGAAGGCCGGCGCACAACGCUCAUCCUCAGAGUUGCAGCGGCGAACCGAUUCCACCCGAGGAGCUGAGGAGAAAAGAGAGGGAGAGGCGGCAGAAAAAAUUGCUGAAAGCUCUUGAACGACAGCAGAGGAAAUUGGCCGCGAAGGGGAUCACGGUGGACCUGUCGACGCUUCGCGCCGAAUGGGAGUCUCGAAGCGCCGCGGCAUCCAGCGGGAACUCGCUGAACGGUAGCCUGGGAAGCUCGUUCAACCACUUGGCCAACAACAACGAGAGCAGCAGCGUGUCAGGCUCCGGGAACGACGCGAACGAGGAGAUCGACGUGGUGGGUGGACUGGAUUCCUGCAGCGAGAGCGGCAGCGAGAGAGUCGACUCGGUUGCCGACGGUUCCAUCGACGGCGAGUGUUACCAGAGGCUAGCGAACAGCAGCAGCGAGCCGAACGAUCCGCGAAAAUCGGUGAACCAGGUGCCGGGUAGCCUGCAGAGUCCCAACUCCAGCCUGAGUCUCGAUCAUCUGAGCCAUCAGCAGGGCAUCCAUCACUGGGGGCUGAGCCUGCUGGAGAGAAGGAGGGAGCUGGUGAACAACAUGAACAGCGCGGGCGGACCGCGUCAGACAACGAACAGUGGCGGCAACCCGGGAAGAACGUCCGUCAAGCAGCAGACCAGCGAGGAUGAGGUGCAGAGCGGUAGCAUAGAUUUGUCGGUGAAAGGCAGGGAGGAGAGGAAGAGGCUGAACCCGUUCUCCAUCGACAGCCUCCUGGGUAAUAAUAACAGAACAAGCACCCCCGGAAUCCACAACGAAUACAGAGCCUCGACGCCGACGCUGUCGAACGGAAGGGAGUCGAGCAGCCCGACGUCGCCAAUUUCCGUGCCCACUUCGCCAUCCACCACGUAG